AUGCCCUCAACCCCCGGCUUGACCACUGAGGAACAACGCACGGCAGACAGCCAUGGACCAGAUCGCCACAGCAUCAUCUCAAGGUUACCGGUCGAAUUACUCAGCGAGAUCUUCCGCUGGUAUGUUGCCAGCGCAAUCUUCUGGCACCCUUUCGGUCAAGACUGGCCCCCGCUCAUUCUGACGCACGUCUGCUCCUCGUGGCGCAACAUCGUCAUGAGUUUGCCUCGUCUUUGGACGCAGGUUGUAAUCCCUAGCGCUCAUCCAUGUCAGACGCCGCACGAUGAUUGUCUACAUCAAUGCAAUGACUGGCUACAGCGCAGCUUUCCGCAUCCCGUUGCCGUCGACUUCCCUUGCUACAACAUGUCCUGCAUGGGGAGCAGACUUGCUAUUGACGUCCUUGCGAAACAUGCAUCGCGGAUCACCAGACUUGACCUCCACCUAUCCGAACAAGGAGAUCACUGCAAAGUGUCAAUGAUAACCCUCUUCGCUCUGCCUCCUGGAACCUUCCCUGUGCUCACGCAUCUGGGACUCAGCGUCAGGUUCGAUAUCUUUCGUACGGGCAAGGUGAUAACAGCCUUCGAUCAGUCGCCCUUGCGUACAUUGCACCUCGAUUACGAGCCACUAAUGGCGGUGGACAGCAUCAGACUCGAGGAGAUCUUCAAGAUUACGUGGGAAGGGCUGGAAGAGCUGUAUAUGGACCCUUGGCCCGCCUAUUGGCCUCAUGGGUAUACCGCCAAUGCCUCUUCCUUUGUUAUCGAGCAUCUUCGCGACAUUCGGGUUCUUGGCCUAACGCUACCAUCUACGCCCUCGCCGCACGCUGUCCCGCCAACUGUGCUACCCAGCCGUACCGCGUUUCCUCACAUGCGAACUCUCCGAAUCACCUUAGACAACAUGCUGGACUUGCCCGUUGAUGACGCCACCACCGAUCACGCACUCUUCCAAGUAUUUGACCUGCCUGCACUCGAGCAAAUCACGCUUUUGCACACCUACCAGCAUCGCGGCCGUGAAGGCAUGGUCUCUCCCACUAUUUUAUCCGGCUUAUUCGAAGACGCGGAUUUCAUACAGACAUCGCUCGGUCGAUUGCGCAGGCUCUUCGUGCAGGACCAUGGCAGGAUACCAGAUCAAAAGCUGCUCGAUGUUCUCGAGGCCACCCCAAUGCUGGAAGAACUUCAGCUCUGGGAAUCUAUGGAGCUUCGCAUCCCGUUCUAUGGACGAAUGGCAUCGUCUAGCGAUCUCGUUCCCCGUCUGCAGACCCUUCGGAUUCACUACGCCGAUGACGAAAGCGAGGACGUUUAUGAGGCCAUGACCCGAGGUGUAGAGGUGCUGCUGCGUGGGCGAUGGGGAGAAGGGAAAUACGGUCCAGAUGAUGAGGCCUCCGUGCUAAAGCGUAUGUCCGCGACUCGGGGUUGGCCAGGUUCACCAGGUCCACGCCGCAAGCUAGAGCAGGCGUGGGUGGAUGCUAUGGAGGCGCUGCGUCCGACUGGAGCAGGAUUGCAUCUGAGAUGA